GUCCGGUCCGUCACACGGAGCGAGGGGAGGGGCGGGGAGGGAGCAGCCAUCCCCCAGCCCCGGAGGCCGGCCCAUCCUCCGAAGCCGGUUCCUGAACAUCUCGUUUCCCUGCGGUGCGUCCGUGCCCGGCAAAGACCAUAGACCAGUCAAAGCAUCAAGUGCCAACAUCCCUUCAGACAACAGAAGGGAGGGGCCUCCAAGAGGUCUUUCUCAAAAGCACAGAGGAAGGAUAUGGCCUGCAACUGGCAAGAUCUGCCUGAUGCUCACGCUCCUUUAUUCUGAAUCAGGAAAAGGUGAAUAAAUUGUCUAGGAACUGCAUGAAGUAAUGAACUGCAUAACUAUAGGUACCUUGCAGUGAAGAAUGUGAUACUUUGAGUUGAAGGACCUUAGUAAGUAGAAGUGCGCUCUGCAAGAGAACAUUUAAAGUCAUUUUUAUGUUCAGAAGUCUUUAGAGACAUUCAGUACAAUUUCAAUGUAAAAUAGUAAGUUGUCAACAAACAUGGAACUGUCUCAUUCUGUCGUCCUGAUAACAUAGGUGAAGACAGCCUCAUCAGAAGCAAAGGCGCACUGAUGCGGCUGCGCCCUGCAGGCAGCAAUCUGCCAAGCCCCUCGUUCUUGCCCAGCUGCUGCCCCUGGAGGUUCUGGACCUGCGCUGCGUUCAGCUAUGAAAUUUCUGUUGGUUUUUGAUUUUGACCAUACAAUCAUAGAUGAAAAUAGUGACACCUGGAUUGUGAAAUGUGCUCCUGAAAGAAAACUUCCUAGUGAAUUAAGAAACUCUUACCAACCAGGACAUUGGACAGAAUAUAUGGGCAGAGUCUUUGUCUACUUGGGAGACAAUGGUGUCAAAGAAGAUGAGAUGAAAAGAACUAUGACAACAAUUCCUUUCACUGCGGGAAUGAUAGAUCUUCUGGGAUUUGUUGGCAAGAACAAGGAGUUGUUUGAUUGUAUAAUUGUUUCAGAUUCUAAUACAGUAUUUAUUGACUGGAUUUUGAAAGCUGCUGACUUCCAUCAAGUGUUUGAUGAAGUGUUUACAAACCCUGCAGCAUUCAGCAGUACUGGCUAUCUUACUGUACAGCACUUCCAUGCUCACCACUGUACAAAGUGCCCUAAAAACCUUUGCAAAAGGAAAGUUUUAAAAGAAUUUCUAGAUAAACAGUUGGAGCGAGGAGUGAGUUAUACACAAAUUAUAUAUAUAGGUGAUGGUGGGAAUGACUUAUGUCCAGUAAUGUUUUUGAAUAAGAAUGAUAUUGCUAUGCCCAGGCAAGGGUAUACCUUGGAGAAAAGGAUUUCUCAACUGGCCCAAAGUCUCAGUCCUGUACAGUGUUCUGUUCUGGUUUGGUCAUCUGCAAUGGACAUUAUGUCUUACCUGAAACUACUUAUAAAGGAAUGAUUCAAAUGAUAAAAGGAAACGGAUAAAGUUACAUUUUAACUUAUUAGGAGAGAAAAACUGCAUGUGUAUGAAAGCUCAACAUUGUAAAAUUGGGCUAUUAUCUGAAAGUAUGGAGCUUUUAACCCCAAACAGAAAACUGCUUAUGUUCAAUCCUGGUGAUAAUGCGAAAGUGCAGUAAAAAAGGCCUUCUAACACAGUACAGAUUCCAACACAAGUGGAAAAGGGGCAUUGGGACAGGACUUGUCAUUAGUUUUUGGCUACUCCCUUCCCUCCAACCUUUUACAAGUAUAUAGCUGGUAUAUACUUGCAAUCCUACACACUUAGGGGAAGGAGUAGGAUUCCUGUUCAAAAGAAUGAAAUUCUUUAUUAGAAAACAUUAGGUGCCAGGAGCAUGCUUCUAGAGCUUCUAGAGCUGGCUUUUAUACUUCUUUGAUGUCAAAUUAUUUGCUUGUAAUCUUGUUUAAUCCAAAGAUGCAUUUAUAUUUUCAAUUUAUUAUUUUACCAAACAAAAUUACUUUUUAAUACUUUGUAUUAUCUUGUAUUGUAAAGACAAUAAAAGUUGCUGUCACUGACAAAUGCAACACAA